AUGCAUGUUUCCACUGCAUGCACGGGCUUUCCACAUCUACCCUCAAGCUCACCAAGCCCCUAUAGCGGAGACAAGCGUCGUGCAUGGACAAGGGAGGAUGAUGCCGUUGUUCUUGGUUUUGUACGGGACUAUGGCACAAAACACUGGGCCAAGAUUGGGCUCCUCUUACCCGGACGUACGCCGAAACAAUGCCGCACGCGGUGGCUCAACUUCCUAGAUCCGAACAUUGACAAAGCACCGUGGCGGGCGGAUGAGACCAAACUCAUUCUGGCUGCUCAAGACCGGCUGGGCAAUCGCUGGGCAGAAAUUGCCAAGAUGCUGCCCGGCCGGACCGAUAACGCUAUCAAGAAUCACUGGUACUCGACACAUCGACGUCGUUGCCGUCACGCAGCGAAAGCAUCGGAUCAAAGUGAAGAGGUCCGACCACAACAGCAGUCACCGGUGACGACCCCGGAGCGGGAACGCGUUCUGGGUCCACUGACUACUUCAGCUUUAGCUGCAACUUCAAUGUGGGUUGAUACACCUUCGACUGGACUGUCAAUCGACUCCUCAACCAGGUUUGACUCAAGACGACCGAUUGUAUUGUCGCCAUUGAGGCUGUCACAGAGAGAGAUGCUGACGCCGAUGGCGAAGACGCUUCCAAGGACCCAGCUGCGAGCGGACAAUGGAUCGCUACCGCUGCUCUAUGUUGCACCUAAGAUAUCAAGUUUGCUGACGAUGGACUCGAGUUGGCCCCAGCAGGGACCGGGCUUGCCAAAUCAUCAGUCAGCGUGGUGGGGACUGCCGAGACCAUUACAGAAGACGCAUAGUGAGAUGUUUACUCGCAGCGGAAGCAUGAAGGUCAGAACGGAGACUCUAUUAUCGCCGCAACAUCCGUGUGAGGAGAAAAAUUGGUGGACCGGAAAGUCGCGAGUGGAUGUCUUGAUACGACAGGGAUCUCCUGAACAUCAGCGGAGCAAUUCGGCAGACCUGUUUCUCGACUGUGUGGAGAUGCUGAACCUUGACCAAGAUGUAUGCAGUACUAGCUGCAAAAAUUCGUCAGGGAGUAUCGGAAUGAACGAGACUGACGAUGAAUGGAGCGACCAGCAGUCACUGGCAUCCCCGAUGGACAUUACAAGUCACAACCUCUUCAAAAAGGGAGCUUGGCAGAAGGUAUCGUGGGACCACAUCGACACGGAGGUGGGAGCGAGAUCGAGUGAGGACUUCUGCACUGAUAAUGAUGCUUCUCCAGUAUAA